UACGCGUGCGUCUGUGUGUGGAGUAAAGGUGGUCUAGAGUUUGGCAUGCCUUGUAUUCUCGCACAAAUUCAUGAAUAUCUUUUUUCUUCGAAAAAUCCAAUAUUUUUCUGUAAAACUGUUUAUAAUUGGUUGCUCCUAUUCGGCAAAAGGGGAAGUAAUAUGCUUGAGCUGGUUGGCUUUGACAGCAGUUAGCCUAAGUGUUCGACAGUGUAGAGCCCUUUGGUCAUAUGGUGAUGCAGAAAAGAUGCUUGCACGCUACAUUUCAGUGUGCGUGUAUGACCCAAUCUUACACACACGCACACACACACACACCUUGAAUGCAUGCGCUGGUUAGCAAGUUACAUGCUGGUUAGACAGAGUGUGAUCACCAGAGCUUGACAGUGAAUUGUUGGACAGUGUAGAGCCCUUGGGUUUUCUGGUGAUGCAGAAAAGGCACACACACACAUGAUAUUUCAGUGUCUGUGUGGGGGACAGUGUGCAUGUUGAUUUGUCCCUCUUCAGUUGCAUGACUUAGCAGAUGAACAGUGCCUAUUUAGCCUCUGGCCCCACUGGCCUCCUGCACACAACCUCCAUUUUAACCAAGACCAAACCUCUCAUAAUAGGCUACUCACUGUGAUGAGGCUUGCAGUUCUUCCCUAUGGUGUGGUUUUACCUUUUUCCACAGUUGUCUAAAAGACACAAGUUCCCACCUUUUUUUUGUAGUCUUCCAAACAAUAUAUAUUCCACAGACAUGGCAUUUGCAGGCUUCAAUUGAAAAACUAUUAUUCCAAUUGAUUUUAGUUUUAGCUUACAGACAUUUUUGUCAGAUGAAUAUUAUUUACAACAAAGAAUGAUACAUGACAAAAUGCUCUUUAGUUUUAACAUACGUAUUAUGGCCUCUAUCAAGUCAUAGAUGCUCUUUGGUUUUUCAGGGGAGAGAAGCAGGUGCCAUGACUGGAGCUGGGGCUGAGGAUGACAUCCCAUUGGGUGAAAGGAAGACGGUCACAGACUUCUGCUACCUGCUGGACAAGUCCAAACAACUCUUCAAUGGUCUCAGAGAUCUUCCUCAGUACGGACACAAGCAGUGGCAGUCCUACUUCGGCCGCACCUUUGACGUCUACACCAAGCUGUGGAAGUUUCAGCAGCAGCACAGGCAGGUCCUGGACAAUCGGUAUGGUCUGAAGAGAUGGCAGAUAGGGGAGGUGGCGUCCAAAAUAGGCCAGCUGUACUACCACUACUAUCUUCGUACCUCAGAAACAAGUUACCUGAAUGAGGCGUUCUCGUUCUACUCAGCCAUCCGCCAGCGGUCCUACUACUAUCAGGUCAACAAAGAGGAUAGGCCUGAGUUGGUAGUGAAGAAGCUUCGGUAUUAUGCCCGCUACAUAGUCGUCUGUUUACUUCUGAACAAGAUGGACCUAGUGAAGGUGCUGGUCAAGGAGCUGUCAGAGGAAAUCGAGGACUAUACACAGCGCUUCAACACAGAAGAUCAGUUAGAAUGGAAUCUUGUCUUACAAGAGGUGGCAGCUUUUGUGGAGGCAGACCCAGUGGUGGUGCUGAACGAUGAAAAUACUGUGGUCUUCACAUCCAAUCGGCUACAGGAGGGGGGCGUGCCUCAGUUGGAACAGGGAAUGGUAGUUGGCCAGCUCACCCUGGCAGAUGCACUAAUCAUUGGAAACUGCAACAACCAGGUAAAAUUCAGUGAGCUAACCAUCGAUAUGUUCCGCAUACUCCAAGCUUUGGAGCGGGAACCAGUCAACCUGGCUACUACAACUUCUAAACCUGGAACAUUGGCCCUUACCCCAUGUCUUCCUUCACAGGAACCCAGCGAGAAGCCAGCCAAGAGAGAGAACCCUCACAAGUACCUGCUGUACAAGCCAACGUUCAGCCAGCUCUACACCUUCUUGUCUGCCUCCUUUAAGGAGUUGCCAGCGAACAGUGUGCUGCUCGUCUAUCUUUCAGCUACUGGAGUCUUCCCUACCGGACGCUUAGAUUAUGAGGGACCAUAUGACUUUGGAGGAGUUCUCACCAACACAAACCGUGAUGUGGUGAACGGGGAGACUGUACAGAAAAGGAACCAAGCCCAAAAAGAGAUGCACUGCCUUCACCCUGGGGACUUGUUCCCUUUCACCCGGAAGCCUCUUUUUGUCAUUGUGGACUCUUCCAACAGCACAGCCUAUAAGAAUUUCACCAAUCUCUUUGGUCAGCCGCUGGUGUGCCUGCUAUCUCCCACAGUCUAUCCAAAGAGCAUGCAAGACCAGUCUCAGCGCGGCAGCCUCUUCACACUCUUCCUGUACUGCCCCCUUCUGGCAUUCCUGUCAGUGUGUGGCCUGAGCAGCCUGCGCCAAGGAUUGUGGGAGAAGGCCGAGGAGUUUCUACACAAGGUGUACCGUGACAUCGGCCAGAUGAUUACACGCUCACAAGCUAUAGACCAAGCCUUUCUACAGUUCUACGGUGAUGAGUUCCUCCGAUUGUUACUGAUCCGCUUUGUGUUUUGCUCGGCUACACUGAGACUCCACAAGCUCUUCCGGGAGUCCAGGAGCUUCCCGGAAUCGUACCCUCAGCUACCAAAACAGGACACGGUGGAGAGCAGCCUCCUGCAGAAGCACGUUCUGGAGCUGGCCGCCAUGUUGGAUGUGCGGAGCCUCUUUUGGGACGGAACGCUGGACGUGAACUACUGACCUUCAGCUGCCCAGCUAGUCACCACAAUUAUACAAACACAGACCAACCACAGACACGCAGACCACCGCUAUACACAUUCGCACAAGGGAGAGUCCUCAUCUUUCAGAGGUAAUUAAGUUACUGGUUGAACACACUGAAAUAGUGUCCAUUUCUUUUUAACCCAAGACCCCCUUAUUUCCCCUACCUUAUCUACUUUACCCUAUCGGCUAUACUUAUUUUGAAUACAUUCAUACAGCUACUUGUGGAAGUCAACUAUGUACAAUGCAAACAUGAACAAGUUACCUAGCUACUUAUAUCCACAUGAGAUGAGCAUGUACUUCCGUGUUGUUACAAAAAAAAAAGCACUGAAAUGAACACAUGGUGCAGCUAUUUUAGUCUGAGGGUGGCAGGAGGACACAUGAAGCUAUCGAGGGCUUUUACACUUAAAAAGACAGAAAAUAAAUUAACAUAGUUUUACGACAGCACUGCCUGCAAUGGGUUCUAGAUGGAUGCUUCCAGCUAUCUGAACUGCAAAUGAACUUCAAUGCAAGCUGUAGGGAAGUCUCCUCUUCUGUGCAUGGGUAGAUGUGUUGGCCAAGUUUACUGGAUGUAGGGUUUAGAGUGAGACUAACCUCCAUAUUUGUUUACCCAACUAGAUCUGCUGGUUUUAACACAUGUAAUUGUUUAGUUUUUUUGUUUAGUUUCAGUAGUCUGUUCUGUAAAACUGAGGCCUGGAUGGGUAAAGUAACAGAGUGCCUAUGCAGACCCUCAUGAACAGUUUAGCCCUGUUCAGAAACAACCACUUUCCCCUACCCUCUAGGUACCAGCUCCGACCCGUUUAGGCACCAGCCCCUACCCUCUAGGCCUACCCUCUAGGCACCAGCCCCUACCCUCUAGGCACCAGCCCCUACCCUCUAGGCACCAGCCCCGACCCUCUAGGAACCAGCCCCGACCCUCUAGGCCUACCCUCUAGGCACCAGCCCCUACCCUCUAGGCACCAGCCCCUACCCUCUAGGCACCAGCCCCGACCCUCUAGGCACCAGCCCCGACCCUCUAGGCACCAGCCCCGACCCUCUAGGCACCAGCCCCGACCCUCUAGGAACCAGCUCCGACCCGUUUAGGUACCAGCCCCUACCCUCUAGGCACCAGCUCCGACCCGUUUAGGUACCAGCCCCUACCCUCUAGGCACCAGCUCCGACCCGUUUAGGUACCAGCCCCUACCCUCUAGGCACCAGCUCCGACCCGUUUAGGUACCAGCUCCUAAUAUCUAAAUACUAACAUACGGUGUCAGCGGCUCUGAAUGAUCUGCAAACAUAUCCGCUCAUUUAGUGCAGUGACUGAGCAAGCGGGAGGUCGCUAAUCUAUUUUCACUUGUCUAUUACUCCUUGUAUCAGAGCAAGUUUUCGGACUGGGUUUACCGCGGGUAUAUGUUUAAGCACCCCGCAGGUACACAGCUGCCCAGCCCCUCACUGGCCAAUCAAAAUAGAUAAAUAGACACAUCUCUCCCAAUCUUCUGCUUUUUCAAAGAAAUCACUUGAGGAACCAGGGUAACACUCCUUCUGGAGUGGAUCUUUUAAAAGAUUUAGCUUUGACCUUGAUUGGCAGCAUAUCAUUGCAGCAUAUCUUUUGAGACAUUGUAGGGAUUGAAAAGGCCACUCUCUCUAUGCUGUAGCCUAUAUGUUUUGGGGGUUGCAUCCCAUGGCAAUUAUAGUCUUACGUAUACUCUCCUUAACCGGCUUUCUCCUGACCAGUUCUUUCAGACCAGUGGGGAUUAAGGAAAUGAGGUAAAGGGGGGGAGAUUCUGAGAUUCACCCCUCCUGAUUCAAAAACUAUUGGUUUCUGGAAAAUGUAGGACUUUUAGAGGCCCUGUGUCAUUCAUUAUAACUAAGCCCCCAUAAUGGCAUUCCUCUGUCUUAGGCAUGAUGGUUUACUGGAGCGAGUUCAUGCUGCUGUUUCUCUUUCUUUGCAUGUCUUAUCAGUAUUCUUGUCCAUAGAGUUUACUCUGUCGAGUUCAUGUUAGUCUGUUUGCAGGUCAGUUCCAGCGUUAGCCGUCUAGCGAGAGCCCUGUAUGGCAGCAAGCGUCAUCUAAUUUCCUUAUAUUGAUGGGGGCUUGAAGCAAUGGAACCGGGUAGUGCUGAAACUGACUCCUGGCAACCAGUUUUAAGUACAUGUGUGUGGUGAUGGAACAAAAAUAGCCAAAUCAUUUUGUUUUUUGUAUUUACGGAGAGAGAAAAAAAUGAAUUUCAAAAGUAAGAAAUCACAAUUUUAAAUGUAUAUUUAUGUUUAAUUGAAAAUAACAGUAUGUGAUACAGAGAGAUGUUUGGUCUUUAGUACGUAUGUCGAAUUGUUAAUUGUAGAAGCUGUGAAAAAUAUAUGCAGUUGGCACAGCAAUUUUAAUGAAUGAACUGCACAUUGUUCCCCCCAAUCAGUUGUUUUGGUCAAAUUCAACCAGCAUACAUUCCAAGGACAUGGAGAGAGUCGGGGAAACUGACAUGGUUCUCCCCAUUGAAACAAACAAAAGUGGACCAUUUCAACAUGGGAAAUACUACUCCCCAUGGCAAUUAUAAUAAUUAUUUGUUUAUUUGUUGACAAUGAUAAUAUGAUUAAUAAUGAUGAUAAAAACAAUAGUAGCCUUGCACUUUACUGUAUUGAAUUAUGACCUAAUCUUAUUUGUCGUGCUGUCGGUAAAAAGGCAUGUCAGAGACCGUCCAAUCCAUUAUUCCCUAUGCCACCCCACGAUCAUUGUAAUACACAUUUAGAUAUUUGAUGUUUUUGUCAAUGACAAUGGACAAGAACACUGUCCAUAUUUUUUGUAAAAACCUUAAUUGUUGUGAUAUAUGAUGUUAUCUGUGUUAUUUCAUUAGAGCAUGCAUGUCUGUCCAUAUUUGGGAUGGCAGCACAGAGCAUGAUCAUCCACAUCACACAAGACUAGCAUCCUAGCUCACUGGGAAGCACAAGCUAGUGCAACGAGCUACACGACCAUAGCUCAUCUUCUCUUCACUUAAGGGACCCACUUUCAUAGAAAUGUAUAUCUACAAAGCCUCUGUGGACUGUUUCAUUCAAACUGCCUUUUGGUUUUAUCCUGUUUUUUUUCUUCAAGCACAUCAUGGACUGUGGCGUCACAGUCCAAUUUUUAAUUGCCACCAUUUUUAUGGACCACUCCAAUUUCCAUAAGAGUUAUCACUGCCAAAACAAGUUGACUGAUGAGCUUUCAGGGGAAGGCCAUGAAGAAUUACUGUCCAGUUGAGCAUAUCACCCAUGUUUUCUUGGACUAUCCUUGAUUCAUGAAUUUACAAACAUGACGAAGUCCUCAAGGGAAGAGGAAAAGACAGAGCACCCAUACUUAAAUAUACCUGAUUCAAAAAGGUUGCGAGUUGACGCAUUGUGACCGUGUCAUAUCAUACACUGUGAAUUGUAUGCAGUAAAACCAUUUCGGGACAUGUUUUCCUGCUUUGUCUUUGGGCCUUUGUUUACAGCCCGUUGUAAUCUCGUGGUGACUUUACUCUCCUCCAUGUAGUGUGUUAUUGUGCAUUGUAGUUAGGAGCAAGAGGGGAACAUAAAGCACUCAUAUUCUUAUAGAAAAGUGUCAAAGCUUCCUGUGCAAACUGAAGUGAAGCCGCCCCUUUACCGUGUAUCCCCAUCCCAAAAUAGGUCUUACUAGUGAGGAUAGUACAGUAUAUGAUAUUUAUGCAUAAUGACAAAGCCCUAGACACCAUUUAUUUAUGUUAUAAUACCGGUAAACUUGUAAAUCGUGACAGGAUGUGACUGUCCUCUUUCAGCUGUUGGCAUGUAGUUGAAGCCCCUAAUAGGGUGAAAUGUUGAGAAACAAAGGAAUGUCCAUUCUAUAAAUUACGUAUCUAUUAUUUGAAAGUCAUGUCAAUUCUGUGCAAUACAUUUCUAUCUGCAAUGCUUUGAACGUUUCGCACCAUUUGGAUAAGCCCUAGAUGAGUAACACAAUGAUAUGGAACAAAAAUAUAUUUAAGUAUGAACAUAAAUCAAUUUCUUGGGCCUAAAUCUAAAAUGUUACUUUGAGAGUAAGGGUGUUCUUUCAACCGGUUCCUACUGUUGUGGGAGGGAACGAUUUCAAAGUGAUAUUGGUCGGAAUACUCUUUCUUUAUAAGUUAAGGGUUUCUAGAGAUGCUAGUUAAACAUUAUUUGGCAUUCUUUGUUUAUAUCCUUUAAACGGUUCUGUCCCAUUUGUUGCCAAUUAUAUUUGAUGUUAUUGUUAAGUAUGAAGGAAAAAUAAGUUGACUAAAAUACCAAACAUGCAAGCUUUUUUGAAUGCUUUAAAGAAAAUUAAAAGUUUGACUGUUUUGUUUUAA